CCCUCCCCUCGAAACAAAAGGACUGAUCAUGAUCAGAUAACACAGGAUGCCAUUUACUCUGCUGGCUUUGUUCCUGGUACAAUUGUGUAUUUUUCAUAUGAUAUACCAAAAGAUGAUGCUUCAGAUGCCAAGUCAGGUCCCUUCCUUCAGGAAGAGAUCAUGUCUUUGAAAGGUUUGGAACUCCUCACUAAGCAUGCAGAGCCUGUUGAGUCUGCACCAGAAACGAUACCAGAGGCAUCACCUCCUGUUGUUCAAGAGAAGAAGCCUGCAGAGAAAAAACCUGUUAAGCCUAAGUGGCUGAAACUGUGACAUGAAUCACAUGAGUUCUGUAAAUCGAUGAGCGCAACUCCCUAUCUUUAAGAUUGUGCUGAUUCUGACCGUUAUUUGAUGGCUGCAACUUCCCGUCGGAUAUUUGUUAGGAGUUUAAAGAGAUAUCUUUGAAUAUUUUGUUUAGUGUUGGCUGGGCAUUUGUAUUGCCUGUUUUCCCAACUUCCUUUUUCCUGUGUUUAUCAAAGGGGAGAGGAUCUGAAUGGCAAAGAAAAACAUACAGGGAAGAGGGGAUUUGAACACUCUACAAAAUUUAAUCGAGCGGGUUUCGAGUCGUCUACGGGAUCAUGUCGGAAAUUGCCACCAAAUAGAAAAUAAAUGU